AUGGCAUCUCCGAAUGUGUCAGAUGCAAAAAUUCAUCUCAACCCUCAAGUAUCGCUAGUUAUCGAGAGACUUCUAUUUCUUUAUUGGUUAAUUACUGUACCAUUCUAUGUGAUGCUAGUGGUUUUUAUGAUUCAUGCUCAAAUCAAAAAAGCUCCUAACCUGACCGGAUCAUUCUAUACACUGUGUAUUACUGCAGGAAUUGUCGACAUCGUAACCCUUCUUAAUAACUAUUUUGGUGGUGCAUUCCCCGAAUGGGGAUGGAUGAAAAGCGUCUACUUGACUCUUGGCAAGCCAUACGUGUAUUUCUACAUAAUAACAGCUUGGGCUACUGGUACGAUGCAAGUGCUUUCAACGUCAAUUUUAGCCACAAAUAGACUUUGGGCCAUUCUAUUUCCUCAGCAACUUCAUUUAUGGCGUGGCAGACGACUGGUGUUGACCGUGGUUAUCCAAUUUUUGCCUGGUAUUGUAGCUUCAUUGCCCAUUCUCACUUAUGAAGUAUCACUGAGAGAAACAAGAAAUGGAGGUCUUAUUCCUCUAAUCACGAACCACCGGACUAAAGCCGUUUACUUCACAGUCGCAGCUGUAUUUCUGACUGUCAACAGCGUAUACUUGAUACUGGCAUAUAGCUACUUGUUCUUCCUUAUACGUAAAAGGAACAAAAUUCAGCAGAAGUGUCAGCGAUUCCCGAAUAUGGCGAGCACGAAACAUGGACGUGUGGAGGAAAGCGGGAUUCCGACUCUUUCUCAUGGCUUCUUGGACAGGUUUGCUCAUUUCGAUCAUCAGAAGAAUCUCUACUAG